AUGAGUAAUACGACGGGGGCGAGUAUUGGUCCUAAAGUAGCCAUCUCCGCAAGCAAUAAUGGUGUAGGAGUAGAAGGAGUCACCGAGUUGAUCAACAAUAAUAACUCAAGUACUACAACAACAAACCUUUCAACCACCAUGACAUCUACAAUAUCUUCUUCUUCUUCUUCUUCUUUAUCAACAACAGUUUUACCAACUGCCGUUUCAGCAGUAAAUACUUCUACUACUACGACCACCACCACAACAAUAGGAGGACCUAUAGUUGCAGGCAAUGGGAUAGUGAUGAUUAUGCCAAAUGGUCCAAAUUCUUUUCUACCUUGUCUAAGAAAACUUAGACACUUAAAGAGUAUAUUGUGCAGAAAUUUAUUACCAGUUAUCAAUCGAAAUGCAGAGAUUAGUUUACCAAAUACAUACUAUACACUUCAUGCUCCACCUAUUGAAAAGCAUAGAUCAUUUCUAAAAAGCAAACAAAUAGAAACUGCUGAUGAAAAGAUUAUUCUAUUGGAUGGUUCCGAUGAUGAACAAGGUGAUAUCAACGACGAUCGACCAAAUAUACAUGGUACACAAUUUUCUGCCGAGUUUAUUGAUAGUGACGAUGAUGAGUCUUUUGACGACGACGACAAAGAAGAAUACUAUCAAGACGACAAUGAAGAUAAUGACUUACCAUCUCCUUUUUAUAUAAGCGAAGUUGUUUCAAAUUCAUAUAAUCCAGUUUGGAAUCCAUUUGAUUGCUACCAUCCAACUUCAAAUGAUAUAUUAGACUAUCACAAUACUUUUAAUAUUUGUAUAUGGCAUAGAAGCCAAUGUAAUAAUAAUAAUGAAAUAGAUGAUUGUGAUUCAGAAUACCAAGAUGAAUUAUUAUUCCAAACUGAAAUAGAUUUAACUCAACUUGAGUUUAUUGCUCAAGAGAUGAAACAAUUUGUAAAUUUAAUAUUACCUCCAAAUUCAAUAAUAUUUGAAUUAAAAGAUGGAUUAUAUGUAACCAAAAAAACAAAAAAUCAAUUGAGGUCAACAAAAGCAAAUGAUUAUAAAUUCCAAAGCAAUGUAGAUAAAAGAAAAGUUAUUACAGGAAACCAAUCAUUAUUUUUAUGUAUUAUAGGAAAAAGAUUGCAGAAUCUAAAGAAUAUAGAGGUAUCCAAAGAAACUAGUUUGAACAUUGAAAACAAGUUGACUAGCAACCAAAAAUAUUUGGACAAGGUAAAACAUUUGGAAAAUUUAAAACAUCGUGUCGAACAACUAAAACAAGAAUAUCAUAAUCAAUUAACCCUUCAAGACAAGGAUAAAGAAAGUAUAGAAACUAUAAAAACACAACUCAUUCCAAAAGCAAGUGCAUUGGCAAAUGCAGGUAUUGUUUAUCUGCAAUCGUAUCAAAUGUUGGAGGAAAUGAAUCAAAUGUUGGAAAUGGAAAAGUUAUUACUGAACAAUAUACGAUCAUCACUCGAGAAAAAGAAAUGGUAUCUAUUGUCUCAAAUAAGAUCCAUCUAUCCCAUUCAACAAGGAAAUAAGGUAUUAAACAUCAAUGGUUUGCCUCUUCCCAACUCUGAUUUCAAUGGUUUUGAUGAAGAAAAUAUAUCAACAGCCCUCGGCUAUGUUUGCCAUAUUCUACACCUUGCCUCUCGAUACCUAGACAUUCCACUUCGAUAUCCAAUGACACCAAUGGCAUCUAGAUCAUUUAUCAAAGAUGAAAUAUCACAUCACUCAUCUUCAAAAUUCCCUCUCUAUUCAAAAGGUGUAGAGAAGCGUAUAUUUGACUAUGCCGUCUUUUUACUCAACAAAAAUCUCGAACAACUACUAAGUUCUCAAGGUCUUGGUAUGUUUUCUUUAAAAGAAACUUUACCAAAUGUUCAAAUACUUUUAGGUCGUAGUAGAAUUGCCUAA